AACGCCAAAGGUAGCCCAGCUGCCUACUGUUUUUAUAGAGCUCCGUCUACUUUUCCAGUAUUGCUUUGCUGGUUUUCAUGAGCAAUGGGUUAUCGACGUGUGGGCCAUUGAAUCGGGUGACGUCAGCCAUGCAGUGGAGUAUUUUGCUGGGUAGCGCGAGAAGGGAGUAGGACCGGAGCGGCUGUGCGGUUAAUAACAUCAUCGAAAGAUGGGCAACGUUCAACCAACAAUUGUUCCGUACGAGGAUUUUGAUGUGGUGGCAGAUAUUAAGGAAAUACGUAAAGCCUGCAAGGGCAUGGGUACAGAUGAAGAGAUCAUAAUCUCCAUUUUAGCAAAUCGCUCCACCACCCAGCGAGUGGAGAUCAAGCAGGCAUACUUUGAGAAAUAUGAUGAUGAGCUGGAGGAGGUGUUAAAGAGUGAGCUGACAGGAAACUUUGAGAAGGCCAUCAUAGCCAUGCUGGACCCUGCGCCUGUGUACGCUGCCAAAGAGCUGAGGAAAGCCAUGAAGGGGGCGGGGACUGACGAAGACGUACUGGUGGAGAUUCUGUGCACCAGCACCAAUCAGGAUAUUGUGAACAUUAAAGAGGCCUAUGCCCAGGUACAUGGACAGGAGUUGGAAGCCGACAUCGAGGAUGACACAAGUGGAGAUGUAAGAAACCUGCUAGUUUCCCUCUUGGAGGCCAGCAGGGAUGAAAGUUAUGAAGUGGACGAAGGACUGGCUGAACAGGAUGCCACCGCGCUGAUCGAGGCUGGGGAGGCUCGGUUUGGCACAGACGAGUCCACCUUCACCCACAUCCUCACCCACAGGAACUACCUGCAACUUCAGGCCACCUUUAAGGCCUACGAAUCGCUUUCUGGAACAGACAUUCUCGAUUCCAUCGACAGUGAGGCAACAGGGACAUUAAAGGAUUGUUACAUUACUCUGGUUCGGUGUGCUAAAAGUCCUCAGCUCUACUUUGCUCGUCGCCUGAAUGCAGCAAUGAAGGGGGCAGGGACAGAUGAGGACACACUCAUACGCAUCAUAGUGGGCCGCUCUGAGGUUGAUUUGGAGACCAUAAAGGACAUGUAUCUGGAGAAAUACGACAUGACUCUGAAGGAUGCCCUGAACUCUGAAUGUGGGGGAGACUUCAAGCGCCUCCUGGUGGCGAUACUGCACUGAGCGCAGACAAGGCAAAGCAUACCAACAGCAGCCUUAUGUAACAGAACCCUCUCACCAACACUGCUUAGUGAAAUGCCACUAACUAUGAUUCCACUCCAAAUUCCACUCUGAAUACACUCCACAAUUCACUCCUUCUGCCUAUACAGCCAUUCCUUUCCAUACCACUUCUGGGUUACUUUAAAACAACAAAUGGUACACAUUUAUUAGUAUUCAAUUCACAAAGCAUUUUCUAGUGACCUUUAAUAGCAAACCAGGUGUGGCUGAUAUCAGAUCUUACCAGCAUGUUGUCAGCCUCAGAGCAAUGUGGUGUUUAAGACACACAUAAGGUCUGUCUACAUAUCAAGACAACAAAACUGCCAAUUUUAUAGCAUCAGUCAGUAAAUCUCCCUCUCCUGCUGUAAUUCUGUUCUUAAAAAGAUAAGGGCAUUAAACACCAAAUAAUCCCUGAACAUAACUUCAUAUUUGAACUUUUAAUUGCCACCAUAUAUGAAAAGUGUUAUACAAAUAUUCUUGCCUCGCAUUUUAAAAUCAUCUCAAUCACAGAAUGUGUUUUAGAGCACAAAACUUAAUAUCUUUUUAACAUUUUAUUCUUUGUGAAAAAAGUGUCUUGAAUACUUAAUACAAAAGUACCUACUUCAUAGUACCUGGCAAACAUGUAGCAAACCUGUAAUUCUCUAGGACUCUUAGUACUGACUCUUUCGAUACUGCCUUUCAGUAACCACAGACCAUGUUAUUAUUUAAGAUGUUUAUUUGGUAAUUGGAAAAUCAUGUCAUCCUUACACAUGCUCUCUUCAGAGUAGGACCUGGAGUACCUGUAUGCCUUAUGGAGACAGAUAUUGUAGAUAUUGAAGAUUUAUUGUAUGUUGUGUUGGUGUAACCCAUGUGACCUUUGCUCUACAUUCAAUAUUUGGUGGAAAUAUGAGUCUGCAAAAUAAAUAAAUAAAUAGAUAACAACAAUAAUAAAAUAAAAUAACCAAAGGAAUGUUGGGGUCCCAUAUGAUAGCACCCAAACAAAACAUUAUUAAUGAGUAUUAAUAAACAACAAAACAUUUGAAUUGAA